AUGCUCUCCCAAACAAUAUUCUCUGUAUUUAUGCUGACAGUUACAGUAUUCUCUCAUCCAUCAAAGGUAACUUUCUACUGAAUUUUUAUCUUUUCAUCAUAGUUUUUGUUUCAGUUACGCGAUUCUCUAUCAUCUUUGAAUUCUGAAUUGGAUAAAAAUGAGAUUAUUCAACCACUUACAAUCAAAUUUUCCGGUGAAAAAAAUCUAAUGGUAAAUCAAACAGUACAAAUCGGUGAAUCUUUUGAACUUCGGUGUGAAUCUGCUGGAACUCCACAACCAGUGUUUUAUUGGACUUUCAAUGGAAAAAGAAUUCAAGGAUCUUCAGAAAUGAACAUUUACGAAAAACUUCAUAAUAUUGGAAAAGUAACAAUUCAAAACGGUGUGACAAUCAGUAGAUUGGUUGUUCCUUGCGCAAAAAAAGAAGAUGCCGGAAAAUAUCGAUGUGUCGCAACGAAUGGACAUGAAAAAAUUGAGAAAAGUGCAACAAUCACAAUUGGUUAGUUGUUCUUAUCAAGAUAUUGUCUGUAAUUCAACUAUUUUUAGAUGAUUCGAAACAGUCAUCAACAUGUGAAGAGAGUGAAACAGAAAGCCCAAAAAUCAUUCAAUGGACAGACGCUCGUUUUGAGAAUGAAUUAAACACAGUUCAAUUAAUGUGCAGAACAGACUCUCCAGCUACCGUAGCAUGGUAUAAUGACGAAAGAGAACUUUUGAAUAACAAACUCAACCAUGAGGUAAAUUUGUUAUUUUGGAAAUCAAAAGAUCAUUGUUCUUUUUUCAGGUUUUGGCAAAUGGUGAUUUGCUUAUCAAAAAUGUGAAAUGGGAAAAUAUGGGUGUAUAUACUUGUGUUGCUUCAAAUGAAAACGGUGAAGAUCGAGUAGAAGUGUUUUUCUAUCCAACAGCCGCUGAAUAG